CCAAAAACCCGUCCGCCAGGCCCGCCAAAACUCACCCCCCACCCAGGCCCUGGCCGGGCGUGCGCGCACCGGCCCGCCGCGCACUGAAAAUUUUGCUCGCUCCACAACCCGCCCUAAAGCCCCCCCCUCCUACUCCAGUACCCCCGAAAUCCCCACACCAUGUCGAGAUUUUUCGCCUCCGGGUACACGGCCGACUCCUCGCUGUCCGAGGAGGACUUGUUGACCAGCUCCGACGAAGAAAUGGCGACGUCCGAGGACUUCUCCACCGACAGCGAGUUUGCCGCCGACGAGCCGUCCUCCGACGACGACGACUCGGACUACGUGGGCAAAGGCCCCGCGUAUUUCUUGAAGAAGGACUUUCUCAAGGGCUCCGGCGCCAACCUGGACCUGGACCUGGACGACGAGGGCCCGCGUGUGGUCAAGUCCGCCAAGGAGAAGUUGGCUGCAGACGUGACCGAGGCCGUGGACGCCAUCUACAACGCGCAGAACUUGCAGAACUGGGCGCACGCGCUCACGGAGUUCGAGCGCGUGGGCAAGUUGGCGGUACGCGUGCGCCAGCAGCAGAUGGCCGUGCCCAACUGCUUCUACAAGAUGUUGGCGCAGUUGGACGGGUCCAUUGCGGACGCGGCCGCGGACAAGGAGCGCAAGCGCAUGCCCGCGGACCAGAGCCGCGCGUUCAACAACCUCAGGCAGCGCGUGCGCAAGCAGGCCAAGGAGAGCGCGGCGCACAUGGCGUUGUUCCGCGAGCAGCCGGCGUUGUUUGACGCGGACGAGCCGGUGGAGGUGGCUGCGGCCGAGCCCGCGGCCGCGGGGCCCGUGGUGGGCACCGUCAGCGGCACCGCGCGCGACGUGAGCCCGGUGUUUGUGGCGUUGAAGCAGGUGGCGGACGCGCGCGGCCGCAAGAACGCGGACCGCCUCGCGCUCGUGGCCUCCGUGGAGCGGCUCUUGGCGGACGCCUCGGCCGCCGGCUCCGUGUUCGAGACCAUCGCCGUGUUCCAGAUGUUGCUUGCCGUGCGCUUCGACGCGGGCGCGCACCAGUCGCACAUGCCCGUGGACUUGUGGAAGCACAACGAGCGCGACGCGGACGCGUUCUUGGCGCUCUUGGAGCAGCACCUGGCGCGCUACCAGGUCUCCGAGCUGGGCGCCGUGACCGACGACUUGGACAUCGAGCCCGCGCCCAACGCCGCGGGCGUGCGCGUGGUGCUCGGCUCCAUCGCCGCGCUCGUCGAGCGCCUCGACGACGAGUUCGCCAAGUGCUUGCAGUUCACCGACCCGCACUCCUCCGAGUACAUGGCCCGCUUGCGCGACGAGGCCCUGCUCUACACCUUGAUCGUGCGGGCCCAGGUCUACGUGCAGGCCACCGCAGGGCCCUCCGAGCACUUGGCCCGCCUCGUGCUCCGCCGCUUGGACCACAUCUACUACAAGCCCGACCUGUUGAUCGCCGUCAACGAGGCCGCGGCCUGGGGCUCCUCCUGGGCCGCCCCGGCGCUCGCGGGCUCGCCGUUGCUCACAAAGGGCAACGCCCCGGAGGACACCGUGCGUGCCUUGGCUGACUUCUUGGCCCUGCAGCAAGGCGCCGUCUACCGCCGCUCCGCCUUGUUGGCCUCCACCUACUACUUGGCCGUCAACGGCCGCUACGCCGAGGCCAGACUGAAGUUCUUGGACUCCCAGAUCUACAACCACAUCUACCAGGCAGAGGCCCCCGUGCAGGUCUUGUACAACAGGGCCAUCGUCCAGAUGGGCUUGAGCGCUUUCAAAAACGGCCGGGUCGAGGAGUCCCACCAGAUACUAAACGAGAUCAUCAACUCCCAGAGACUCAAGGAGCUCUUGGGCCAGGGCUUCAACAGCAAGUACCCCAGCCAGGCCACCGUCGCCGAAAAGCAGAAGUUGUUGCCGUUCCACAUGCACAUCAACUUGGAGUUGGUCGAGUGUGUCUUCAUGACCUCCUCCAUGUUGAUCGAGAUCCCGGCUUUGGCCGCCGCCACCACCGCCGUCAAGGACUCCAAGCGCAAGACCACCAUCAAGUCGUUCAAGAGCAAGUUGGAGUUCCACGACAGACAGUUCUUCACAGGCCCCCCUGAGAGCAUCAAGGACCACUUGAUCUACGCCUCGAAGCUGUUGCAGAAGGGCAACUGGGCCAAGGCAUACGAGUUGUUGGCCUCCAUCAAGAUCUGGAAGUUGCUCACGGACACGGACCUGUUGUUGUCCAUGUUGAAAAGGCAGUUGCAGAUCGAGGGCUUGAGAACUUACAUCUUCACAUACAAGGCCAUCUUCGCCAAGUUGUCCAUCGAGAAGUUGGCCACGACGUUCCAGCUCGACAAGGACACUGUCACCGAGAUCGUCGAGAAGAUGCUCGCAAAGGGCGAGGUCAAGGGCUCUCUCGAAAACGCGUUCAUCAACUUCGCCACCGACGAGCCGCAAAGAAGCAAGUUGCAAGAAUUGGCCAUCAUAAUGAACGAAAAGGUUGGCCUGUUGAACGAGAAAAAUGAAAUGACUGCGUCGAACGGUUACGGGAAAAAACAGGCUAUUCAGCAGCACCAGCAGCAGCAGAAGGAGCAGAAGGAGCAGAAGGAGAGUUUGCAAGAAGAAAACAGUAGAUUCAGAUACGCUAACGUCAGCACCCACAACGAUGAGUUCCAGGUCUGAGCAGCGCGCAAAGUUAAAACAUCAUCAGUUUCUUUUCUGGUACAGCAUGGAGCAUGGGU